ACAAUUAAUCUUCCAUGCAUCAUUCGCCCACAAUUUCAAGCCCAGCGUAGGAUGGUGUAAUGAUUGACGCAAGGAUCAAAAAAACAUGCAAAUAAUCACAAAGUCCACACUCAUUGCAGCUAGCUUCGUAGGAUUGGCUUUGUCUAUCAAUUUAAAUGGCUUUAUAUACAAUUAUAACAGUUUAAACACCAAUAUAACCGAUCAAGGAGCAAAAUUUAUCCUAAAGUCGUCUCCAGGGGCGCAACUGGAAUCGCAAAUUGGAAUUUCUGGUCCAAAAAUGGAUCGUCUAAGGACCACGUUGGAUGAUAUAAAGCAGUCGAAGGAAAAGGAGACUGCAAAGAGUACAAGGGAAGAAAGAGAAGGCGAAGUUGAUGCCUGGAGAGUUGUCUUGUAUAAUGACGAUAUUCACAAUUUCUCAUACGUUACGGAAUCACUGGCUUCAUGCAUACCGCAACUUUCACUCGCCAAAGCGCACUUAAUUACAGUAGAGGCUCACAAAAAUGGGCAGGCGGAAAUUCUACGAACAUGGAAGGACAAGGCAGAAACAUAUUGCAGGGAUUUGCAAAAGUGCGGUCUCACCGUUUGUACAAUGUACAGUAAAGUUAAAUGAUUGUUUAAAGU